GGCUUUUCGGCGCAAGCUGCAUCGUCUCCAGCUGGAGGCCAUGAACCGCGGCAAAGGCAUGGUGCACGGGGUGCACAUGGAGCACAUGCCGGCCGAGACCCCCGGCCUCCAGGACUCCUGGGAAUGGGGAGGCUGCAGCCCCGACGUGGACUAUGGGGAGAAGUUUUCCAAGGAUUUCCUCGAUUCCCGGGAAACCUACAGGGAUAUCCACUCUCGCAUGAGGCUGCACAACAACCGUGUGGGCCGGCAGGUGGUGAUGGACAACAUGAGGAGGAAGUGCAAAUGCCACGGCACUUCAGGGAGCUGCCAGUUGAAGACGUGCUGGCAGGUGACGCCCGAGUUUCGCCUGGUGGGGUCCCUGCUCAAGGACCGCUUCUAUGGGGCCACCCUCAUCCGGCCCCACAACCGCAACGCCGGGCAGCUGGAGCCGGGCCACGCUCGGCACCGCCGCCGGGCCG